AUGUCUACGGAUUUUAUGACUACGGAUAUGAUACCAAUUGAGGAGGAAACCGGUUUUAAAGCAUGGUUGUUAGGAUUGAUUAUGAAGCGUGCAGCGGUUCAAGGUAGCUUUUGGCAAGGAUUCCUGGCUUCACUAUCAGUGGUCAUAGUCUCUGAACUCGGAGACAAAACCUUCUUCAUAGCCGCCAUCAUGGCUAUGAAGCAUCCUCGUGUUGUGGUCUUCGCUGGUGCUAUAUCUGCACUGGUGUUCAUGACUGUACUCUCUGCGGCUUUCGGCUGGGUGGCUACAGUGAUACCAAGAGUGUAUACGCAUUACAUCAGUGCUGCCCUCUUCGCGAUCUUUGGUCUGAAGAUGCUGAGGGACGGGUGGAAGAUGGACCCUAAUGAAGGUCAAGAGGAAUUGGAAGAGGUGCAGAGUGAGUUAAAGAGGAGAGAAGAUCAGGACGAAAAAGAAGAAACUCUAGAUAUGUUAGAGCAGGGUCAAGCGGAAAACAGAAGAAGAAAAAGGAAUGCUGUAAUAAAGGUGUUAUUGCAAGCUGCAUCCCUCACAUUCCUGGCGGAGUGGGGCGAUAGAUCACAGCUGGCUACUGUCGUGCUGGCUACAAGGGAGAACGCGGUGGGAGUUGUAGUGGGGGGAUCUCUGGGGCACGCGCUGUGCACCGGCCUGGCUGUCAUUGGGGGUAGGAUGGUCGCGCAGAAGAUCUCAGUAAGGACUGUUACAAUAAUUGGUGGCAUAGUGUUUCUGUUCUUCGCGGUGAGUGCUUUAAUUAUUGGCCCCGGUGAUUAGAUGAAC